AUGUCACCCCCAUUCACUGAAACCUCUCAAGGAUUCCCCAUUCCCACCAAGGAAAACGACAAUCCGGAUCGUCGACAUCCGCUAUAUGUAGGUGAUUGGAAGAAAUCUAUUCCAUACAUUGAUGAAGAUAUCGCUCUUGAUGAUCUCGAUGAACCCCAUAUGAAGCGCAAAAUCGCCAUCCUCCGUAAUCAUCCUGAAAUUGAAAAAUUAUACGGGCAUGACAUCUCCACGAUACCCAUUACCAUUUUUGCCGCUGCUGCUCAGAUUGCGGCAUCAUAUGUAUUUGGUCAAAUUUUGAUCGAUUGGAAUUGGACAAUGGUAUUGUAUUGUUACGUUUUUGGAGCUUCGCUGACUCAACUUUACGGUGUAAUUAUCCACGAGGCGACCCAUUGUUUGGCUGCUCCCACAAGGUUUCAAAAUAGAAUUGUGGGAUUGAUAGCUAAUCUCGCAUUGCCAUUUCCAAUUGCAAUGUCAUUUCGCCGAUACCACUUAGAACACCAUACAUUUCAAGGGGUGAUUGGGUUAGAUCCGGAUCUACCAUUGGAUUGGGAAAAAAAACUCAUCAGGGGUAACGGGUUUCUGAAAUUUUUAUGGCUGAAUAUUUAUCCUGUGAUGUAUGUCGUCCGAGGAUUAAUGAUGCAAAGGAAUCCGCAAUUUUGGGAGUAUGUAAACUGGGCGUUUACCAUAACUGUAGACUUGUUGGUAUAUUAUUUUUGCGUCUAG